AUGAGGUUUGCUGAGCAUUUCAUUAACAUGGUAUGGAACUUAGUAUCAAAUAAUUGGUAUUCGUUAUUGGCGAAUGGUCAGGCUUUAGGUUUCUUCAAGUCCACAAGAGGGGUGAAGCAAGGAGAUCCAUUAUCUCCUGCAUUGUUCAUAUUGUCAUCUGAAGUUCUAUCUAGGUCUUUGAACAAAUUGUUUGAGGAUAAAGCUUUUGUAGGAUUUGGUAUGCCAAAGUGGUCUAAUCCAUUGAAUCACUUGGCAUAUGUUGAUGAUACUAUAAUUUUUGAAUCAGCUCAUCCAGACUCAUUGAAGAAGGUGAUGGCAGUAUUGGGAAGCUAUGAGAGGAUUUCUAGACAGUUGAUUAAUAAAGCUAACAGUUCAUACUAUAUGCAUGCCAAUGUUGCAAAUUCAUUGUUUCAAGCAGGAAGAGAUGCUAUAGGUUUUGCUAGAGGAGAGUUUCCUUUCACCUACUUGGGGUGCCCAAUCUUAUACACUAGAAGAAGAAAAGAUUACUAUAAUGAUCUUAUAAAGAAAGUGAAAGCUAAGUUAUACUAUUCGAAAGUGCUUGAUCCUCCAGAUAAUAUCCUUGAACACUUGCACAAGAGUUUUGCAAGAUUCUUUUGGUGUACAAAGGAGCAAGGCAGGAGUAGGCAUUGGGCUUUUUGGCAGAAGUUGUGUCUUCCUAAGGAAGAAGGUGGAUUAGGUUUCAGGUCUCUACUUAAUGUAUCUAGAGCUUUGUUUGCUAAACUUUUGUGGAGAAUCAUUACAACCAAAUCAUUGUGGUAUAACUUCAUGUGCAACAAGUACCGCAAGAAAGAGCUUCCUACAGUAGUGUAG